AUGAAAGAACAACCAACUACAACUACCCAGUCUCAAGAUCAACCAACUGAAACUAGUCAAAGUCCAGAUCCCAACCAGUCGGCUCCAACUAACACAGUUCCCAACCAACUAGCUCCAACUAACGAUCCCAACCAACAAGCUCCAACUAACCCAGCUCCAGCCGACACAGCUCCAACUGACGCAGCUCCAAUUAACGAUCCAAAUGCAACUAACAGUCCAGAUCCAACUCCAGCUAACCAAAAUUCAAACCAGCAAGAUGCUAAUAGCUCAAGUGCAAGUCAGACCGCGCAAGUUGCAAAUGCAGAUUCUACUGCUGCUGCUGCUAAUGAUAGUGUGCCAGGAUCGUCAAUAAGCACCCCACCAAUAGGUCUUAUAGUAUUUGCUGUUGUGGUAGCCGUUGGAGCAGCAUUUGUCGGCUACACUACUUAUGAACGACGUAGAUACAGAAAUCAAUUUAAUCGUAGACAAAACAUGCAACAACAAAAUCCUUCUUUAGCUGCUGUUCCUGAUUUUGGCAGAGCCGUUUAA